AUAAGAGUUUCUAGCCGCUGAAAUCUUUCGUAAGGCUAUAUCCGGGAUGAGUAUCGCCCUUGGAGCGCUGUUUAAAAAGCCAUCCCGGCGGUUGCAGUUCUUCUGCCUUUGCUGACAAAAUGCUGUGAGAGCAAAGCCGAGGGAGGCUGUUGCUGCAACCUGUCUGUGGACCCCUCCUUCCCGCUACCUGGCCGUGCCGGAUGGAGACUUCAGAGGAUCCAGAGAUUAAACUCCUUCUGCAGCCUUGGGCUUCAGUUUGUUUUUCUGAGUCUACCACAUUGAUGGCUAAGGCUUGGUUUAGUGAUGCUAGCUAUAUCUUGCUCCUCUCUGACCUCAAUAAUAUGUGGUAUGAAAGUGCAAAUGCUGAAGUGAUACAACAGAGGUCAAAGGAGCUAAAUAAACGGUUGACUGCUCAUGUAACCUCCUUCCUGAACCGCCUGCGCAACCUGAUAUGUCCCCUUCUGGAAGGGAAAGAGAACAGCUGCGUCUCUUUCUCCUGUCAGCUUAGCUCCAGCACACUGAUACUCCAUGUGAAGAGUGAACUUUCAGGAUUGCCCUUCUACUGGGACUUUCACUGUGUGGCGGCACCUCUCGAGAUGGUGUCCCGCCACCUUCUGCAGCCCCUAAUGGCAAUGAGUUUGGCCUUGCACUCUCAGGUACAGGAGUUGGCAUCUUUGCUGCUCCAGAAGGAUGCAGAGAUUGAAGACUAUCGGGAGAGUGGAGCUACUCUCAGUCGAGAACGUCUAAAGACAGAACCCUUUAAGGAAGAAUCUUUCCUGCACACAUUUGAGACUGAGGUGCUGAAUAAGAGACUGGGGAACUUGAUGACACACAUAGGCAUCGUAUCGCUGACCCCACUUUUGAAGCAUAUUUGCAUAAUUCAUUCUUUGACUUUGCCCCAAGCCUGCUGCCUGGGAGAUGGACACUUGUUCACGUCUAACCUGAAACAGCUGUAUGUGGCAGUGACCCAGCAACAAGCCAGAGCAGCUUGCAAACGGCACCAGGCAGCAUCAGGAGACUUUGGAUCCCUUGACCAUGCUGCUUCUCAAGACCAUACAGAAGAACUGGUAGAUUUGCCAGCUGCAGAAGAAAAGACAGAGACCCAGGUGCCAUCUGCACAGCAUGUGGAAAAUGCAGUGGUUCUACCUUCCCAAGCCCAGAAAGCGCAGGUGGCUGUUGUCAAGACCAAAAGGAAGAAGGCCAAAGGGCUCUUUGGCUGAUGCAACUGAUCCUUUUACAAAAACAGAGGUGUUGAUGCUGUCCUGAACUUCCCUUUGUCUUCUUGGAACAUCUAGAAGAAAGCUGGAUUCAUACUGAAGCUCACAGUUGUGUCACUCCACUCAUUUUGCCACAUUAAACAUGAUGGUUGGGAACAUUUCCAUCUGCACCAGAACUAUCUACUUUUCUCCCCCUGCUUAUUCUUUCCUGCUGACCCAGAAGCUUAGAGAUGAUGAAUUAUUAGGUAGAAGGAAGUGAACGGAGCUACAUUCUGUAUUUUGCUUUAUUAAAGUGUGAAUAAAGAACUUGGCUAUAAGAUGAUUACUCAGUGCAGUGAUUUCCAUACAUGCACUUUGUAAUACAUAGGCUAUCCUUAAAAUGUGUCUGAAAAUUGCAAUUAGUGAAAAAUGUGUCAAUUUCUUUAUUUCAAUCAGUGUUCAGAAAAUUAUAUAAUAUGUGGCAGCCAGGGGGCUAACUGGCCCAAGGUACAGAAAUUAAAUGAUUCCUGUUCUGGAAGAUCUGCUCUGGCUGCCAAAUGCACAUUGGACACAAUUUAAAUAUGGGAGUUGAUCUUUAAAGGGCUAAUUCUGUGACUGCCACUUACAGUAUGAACCUGCUCAGUUACUGAGAGAAGACAAAAGAGGUCCCUUUGAAGAUGCCUCCCCCCCACCGCCCUAGAACCUAACUAUCUUCCUAUGCAGGAUAGGGACUUCUCCUGUGUGGCUUCAGGGCUUUGGAAAAUUAUCUCAAGGUGGUAGACUUGACCUCCCAUUCUCUCAGUAUUUAGGACAUGGCAAAAACAACUCUUUCAUCAAGUUUGGCAUUGCUAAUUGAUUUUAGCUAUGUUAGUUUUUAUUUUAAUUGCAUUGAUUUUACUGUCAUGUUUUAUAUCUGUAUUUUCUUUUGAUUAUUAUAAGCUGCCUUGAAUACUUCUGUACUGUAUGCACUCUGUCUUACAAUAAUGCAGAAUUUCAUGCAUAAGAAAAAUCUACUGUAACCCACUGUGAUGCAAACUUACAGCCUUCCUGGUGGUAGAGAAGAGAUCAACAGCAUAUGGAUAAUGCAUAUCAAAGGGAGCAUGGGUUGGGUUCUGCUCUCUGCUUCACUGGGUCUCCUAUCCUUCACGGUUUUUAACUGAUAUUAUCCUUUCUUCUCAGUCCUGAAGUGGUAGCUCGCUAUGGGUCUGUCGCAGCACACAGUCUUAUGGCAAUUUAUGAACUAGGGAGUAAGCAACCAAAAGGCUAUAAACUGCAGGGUAUCCCCCAAGCAUAUUUGAUAGAACCUACAGCAUCACCAGAUCACACUUCAACAUUUGGCAGUAAAACUGUCAGUUUCUGUGGUGAUUUUCCAUUGUUUGUUUGCAUUAAAAAGUGUAAAAUAGGCAUGCAGA